AUGGAUACUGAACCUCUCGAGGAAGAGAUCAUUACUGAACAUGAUUUUGAUUCUCAAGGUUUGCCCGUCUUUUUUUUCAAAUUGAAUCAAUUUUUCGAAACUAAGUCGCAAGUACUUCGAACGUCGUUGCUGAACAAGAAAAGCCGCAAAUAAGCAUGGAAUUGAGCGGUUCAAAAUGUUUCAAGUGAGGAAAUGGGUUAUAUACCUUGUUAAUAGACUAAAUGUCAAAGAACGCCGAGCGGGAUUCAAAAAAUGACGACUGUAACGCGAUGUCGCGGUUCUGAACAGAGUUCUUCGAGUAGUUUUGAAGUGAGGUUCACCAAAAACUUGGAAAUGAACAUUUUUCAGGAACCGGGGCCAUCAACUUCUGGAACCGGGAAUAACGAUAGAUUAUCACAAGAUUGGGUUCCUCAACCUUUAACUAGAAUGACUUUUCAAAUAGGGAAAAAAAUUUUGAAGUUUAAAGUGAUCAAUGCCUAUGAGGCGCCAGAAGCGCCGGAAAAAGGUGAAGAUAAAAAAAUGGACGUUUUUAAUUAAUCAUCUUUUUUCAGAAGUACCUCUCGUGAAGCCACUGGCGCAACCAAAAGCUCUUGCUGGAUUGUAUCGCUGUACAGUUUGCAAGACCUAUUUUGGUAAUAAAAGCGUUUGGGAAUCCCAUAUGAAGGUUUAAAAUUUGCAAAUUCGAUGAAAAAUUGAGGUUUUCCAGCAAUUUCAUCCGGAUCCACGGCCUUUUCGCUGUAUCCACUGCGGCAUGAAGUUCUUGCACAAGGGAACUUUGAGUAUACACUUGAGGGAUCAUGGUAAAUUGAUAUUAGUUCUAGCAAAGAUUUUUUGCUUUUAGGUUGUGUUUGCUAUUCGAAAGUUGAAUAAGGAUAUAUUUAGUUACUUUUAGGAUCGUUAAAGUUUUGAAUAAGUAUAAUAUUCAGAGAAAAUAGGAUUCUUCGAAAAAAAAAUUUUUUUUUCUAAAAGUCGAUUUUUCAUAGUCUUUUCGAACUUCUACAGUUAAUGGCUUAGAAAAAAAUUCUCUUUAUGAAAAAAAGUUCAUUUUUACUUAAAAAAAUAAUGAUAGAGAUAGGAAAUAUUCAUUUUUUUGUCAUUAAUUCUUUAUUUUUUUCUCAAAAUGUACAAAUUUUUAAAAGGGUAUUCCAGUUUCUCUAUUAGUUUAAAAAUCGACAGCAACGAAAUAAGAUCGCUUUUUUGCUUUUGUCGCGUUCAGAGUAUUCCAAUAGCCGUCAGAAUGUGAAAAAAAGAUAAUUCUGAGAAAAUUUGGAGGGGUUUCAUUCAUUCAUUUAUUCAGAUAUCAGAGAAAUGAAAGAGUUUCAUCGGUCCUCUAAAAUUUUGACUCCUAUAGGAGUCCCUAAAAAAACAACGAGCCCCUAUAGGGACCCCUCAGAAAUUCCUCGUAGAUAAUCCAAUACUUUCUUCUAAAAACUCUUAAAUAACACGUUUUCCAGUCGCCACAACCCAGUACUCUUGUAAAGUAUGCCAUAAAGUGUUCACGAGGCUCGACGCUCGGGACAAUCACAUGAGAAUCCACGAAAUUCGCCACACUUGCCCCCAUUGUGGACGCUUUUUCCGGAUGGAAUCCGUUUUGGAGCAACAUCAGGUUCAUUCAGGAGCGUAUAUUCAAGCUUUUUUUUGUUCCAGGAAACUUGCCUGGCGAGAAAAACUCCCAGCAGAGCGGCCCGAUUCAAUUGCUCCUAUUGUAGUCGAACGUUUCAUAUGAAUCGGGAUAAGGUGAGAAUCCGGAGAAAGAUUUUUUCUUCGGGACGCAGGGCCUGUCUCUAGGCAUGCGCCUUUAAUUUAGCCAAAAAACGUUCCUUAUUUUCGAGGCGUUUCGAAGAAAAUAAAUCUGUACUAAGGAACUCCAGAGCGGUCGCUACAGGGGCGACCUUAGGGGGCUCUUAGAGGGUCCGGAAAAUUUUCCUAACCCCUGUAGAGGCCUCUAAAGCUUGCAAAAGUGGUCUUUAUAGGGGUUUUAGUAAGUGGCCCCUCUAGGGGACAUUCUAUACUAUUAGGAACUACGAAGAAGCGUUUCCAUGGGAAAAACUGAAUAAAUAAGCGUUUUUGAAUGAAUUUGAAAAACCCCUAUAGGGUCAACUUGAGGUUUAGGGGCUAAGGGAUCAGACCCUAAACUCUUAUAAGGACCACCUCAAUUUUACCUCUAUAGGGACCACUUUUUCGGCCACUAUAGGGUUCGUUUUACCUCUUAACCCCUAGAGGGACCACUCUGGAAUUCCUCGGAGAAAAAAGUCAUGAAAACCUGGCGCAAAAUGGGCUCUACGUUUAAAAGAGAAAAUUAAGAAAGUUCAAAAAUACCCGAUUUUUGAGGUUAUCCAUGAACGAGUUCAUACCGGCGAACGCCCGUAUUCUUGUGGCUAUUGUGGGAAGAAAUUUGCUCAAUCUCAGGUUAAUUAAAGGUUUUAGGUAUUUUUUUAAUUAAAUAAUUUUCCAGUCACUGACAAUCCACAUUCGGAUCCACACUGGCGAAACCCCCUACCCCUGCAAUUCCUGUGAACGAAAUUUUCGUGAUAAGUUGGUUUUUCAACUCUUCUUUUUCGCAAAGUCGGAAUGGGGGAAAUAGUCGCUAAAAGAGAAAAGCUCAUUAGUCAGAAAAGGCCUCAAAAAGGCAGAAAAGGCAGUCCCUUUCUCGAACCUUUCUUUUUUUUUGGCAUUUCAAAGGGUUAAGAAAUGGUGAAAAAGGGAGAGGCAGCAAAAAUGGUGCAUAACAGCCGAUGAAGUGUCUCACAAUGGCACCCAAAAAGGAACUAUGGAGCCUUUUUUCACCCUUUCCGACUUUGCCUAUGUUGAUGAAAAUUGAACUGAAAAUCCAAAAGAAGCCACGAUUUAUCAUUAUUCUUAAAAAAAAGGGUUUUUUUAUUUUUCUUUUUUUGGAAGCUUUUUUUCUAAAAAAAAUUUAUGAGGUUCAAAAAGAAAAAUUGAAAAUACUUUUGAAAUUCAGCUUGAAAAGAAAGUUCACUUUGGACCCAGGAAAUUUUUUCGUUUCAAUUGCGCAAUUUUUUCAAACCGUUCUUGUGCGAAAAUCAUAACCAUUUUUUAUACCCCAAUCGCUGAAAAAUCAAGUUUUUUCCUCAUACUAGUUCUCAUUCAUUUUCAUCUUUUUUUUCAACCUUCAGUAUGUCUCAUGGAUUUGCUAUUGGUCUUCAAUUUUUUUUUUAAUUUUCAGCUCAUCUCUGAGAAAACACGAAUUGGCGCACAUGAGGCCGCCUUUGCGUCAAGAAGUAUUUUUCGACGGUCCAGAACUUCCCGGAAAUCAACGGCAAAUCAAUGAAGAAGUCGUGGAUCAAGAUCAGGAUGUUAAGCCUCAACCAAAGCCCAUGAUCGCUUUAAUGACCCCUAUUCAGAAUGGUUCAUGACAAUUGUGGUUUUUCUUCGGUUUUGUACAUUAUAUCCUACCUUGUUUCCCUUUUACUUCUCUAGAAUUCUACUUUUUCCAGUUGAGCUUAUCAUUUUGUCAUUUUGCGCGGGUAUUUUUUUGUGAAUAUUCGAAUAAAAAGAGUGAAAUUCAGGAAAAAAAAAGUUUAUUAUUUCUUCGAUUUGACCUUUGAAUAUAAAGCAGGAAGCGGGUGUGCAAUCAUAAAUUAUUUUACUGGGAAAUUUUUUAGUAGCCACUAUAGAGGCCUGCCACUUGGAGAGGACACUUAAGUGGCCACUAAACCCACCUCUAUAGUGGCCACUAUUUUCCGUUUUAGUAACCACUAUAGAGGUUCUCAGUUUAGUGGCCGCUUCAGUAGUUUUUCAUCCAGUAUUCUAUUCAGUAACUCUGAUAAUUUUUAAAACAAACAGAUUGGACCAGUUAUGUUGAUCUGUGGACCCCUAAAGUGGCCACUAAAAUUUUUAGUGGUCUAGUAGUAGCACAGAGACCUCUAUAGUGGCCACUAGUUUGACUACUCAAGGGAAACAAGCGUAAACAAAAGGAAUUAUUAAAGGCGCAUGUUGAAUGGAUCAUGAAACGAAUCUAUUUCUCAUUUUGUUUUAAAAACGUAAAUUUUUCUGUUGCCGUGUUCAAAGUGAUCCCGCAAAAAGAUCGGUCACUGCUUUUUUUGUAUCUAUUCCACAAUUUUUUAUUGCGAAAAUAAAAAAAAAAUCAAAAAAGAAACGAGAAGAGCGAUAAAAGAGCUCUCCAAAUAGUCGCUGGCGAAUGAUUUGAACUCGUGCCAAGAACCGCGUAUGCACACGCUACGCGUCACGCCCCUUGCCCCGCCUCCUUCAUUUUGGCGCGAAAUUUGAGAUCUCAAGUACGCAGCCAAAUGUAUUCUUAAUGCCGUUGAAUACUCAGUUUAAUUUGCAACGAUAGGUAGCUGUGACGUCACAGUCCUUUUAUCCGAAGCGCGCACUUACUUUUUUUUGUAAAUUCAGAAACUUUGACGCAUCGCUCACCUUCCCUCACCCCAUUAGGAAUGCCGUGGAGAGAAGUCGCGAAAAAUUGACUAUACCAAAAUGUUCCUUAUCACGUGUCUUUCAAGUCGGGAUGGAUUGGCUAUAUCAAGGUUUCGGCAGCUCACUGUUUGACCAAAGUUUUCAGAACUGUCUGAAAAGCUUCCAGAUUUCAAAACCAAUCUGUUCCGUUCAGCCGAAAUUUUAAAGCGUUUCGAAACCGUUUCUAAAUUCAUUUCACGUUUGUUAUCAAUGAAUAAAAGGAUAAUGUGUUGAGUUUUUCUUCCGCGGUCCUUGCAAACAAUGAGGAAGGACCUAGGCAUAGUUUUGUUAUCAGUUAGGAAAUGCCACGGGCAAAAGAUUCCUGAUUAAAAAAUCCUUAUAAAGGUCUUCCGCACGUUUUUUUUAUCAGAUUUUCCACCUCCAGUGUUUUUUUCCUGAGACUUUCGAGUUAUUUUACAGUUCGGAACUAUAAAGAAGUUCUCAAUUUAUGGCUCAAAAAAAUCUUUCUGUUUGAUUGUUUCAUCUCACUUUUUUGUGGUUGGAUCCAGUUUUUUCUAUCCUUAUUUUUAGCCAUGACGAGCGAAUCGAACUCUUCUACUGUUGAACUCCGUCGACUGCAGCAAAUUCUGAAGGCUCCUCUGUUGGAUGGGAAUGGGCAACCCUGCAAAACGCCUGUCUCAUCUACAACUUUGACGUUUCUCGAUAAUAAAUUUGGCUGGCCAACGUGAGUUUUUCACGUCUUUCUGUUUCUGAACUAUCUAAAGUUUUCUCUUUUGCAUUAAUUCAAGUUUUUCAAAUGUUUUCCAAGUCUAAAGGAUCGAUAACUUUCCUUUUUCAGGCUUGCAAAAAAAAAAUUCAUACCCUUUCAAAUAGCUUCCCACAGUGUUCCCAAACGAGCGGCAGCUGUGGUCAGUAGGCGUGGCUGACUGCAACAGCGGCACGGUUUAUUGCAAUAGGGGCGCGGGAAUGAGAGUCAAGUUUUGUGGAUUUAGUGGUUGGAAAAAGACCAUUAAAUGAUGUUUUUCCUAGGUUCUCGCGAGUUUUCGAAGAUUUUUAAUGUGUAUAUAACUAUAACGAACAAAUUUAAAUGGAAAAAGAGACGAAAAAGUUUUUGCAAAACAAAAUAUCUCCCAAAAUAUCGUUUUUUAGAAAAACUCGUCAAAUCGAACUUCCAAAGGGAAAAUUGAGAAAAAGCUCACAGCACUUCUCUUAAGAAAUACCACUUGAACGUUUUAAAACAAAAACAGAUACAUAAUAGCUUGUACGAAUAAAGUUGUCACCCAAAAUGACAUUUUCAAGAAUAAAUUCGUCGAAUACUGCCUCGAAAAAAAAAUUUUGAGAAAAAUCUCACAGCGUUUCUCUUAAGAAAGUCCAUUUGAAAAUUCUAAAACAAAAAAACAAACGAAAUAUCUUAUGCGAAAUAAGUUGUCAUCAAAAAUGUCAUUUUAAUGCAAAUUUCUGUGACGAGAACCAUCGAAAAUCACUUCAAAUCUCUGGAAAACGCGAUAAACACGUUUUAAGAACACAUACAGCGUGAAAAAAUACGAAAGAAUGGUAAAAUACGCAAGAAAAAGAGAAAAAACCGUAUUAAAAGUGAUUGAAAUUUUGUGGGGGUGACACGCGCCGCACCGCGUUGCGUUAGAAAAAACUCGCGUUUUCGCCCCAUUGCGACGACCUUUUUUUUUGGCUUGCCGCCGUCUCUUUUGGAACACUGUGUUCCGUGUUGGUUAAACCAACUGUUUUGAGGUUCUGAAUAUUAUUUCGUCAAUCUUCGAGCUAUGAGUCCAAAAUUUCAAUCUUUCAUUUUCUAAUUUGAAAAUUUCUUAAGCCUCUUAAAACCAUAGGGGCAAUAAAAAUCGGUGUUCAAAGCAGUGCUUUGUAGAGCUUUUUCAUUGCGAAUCGAACGGUGAACUUGAAAACGUACAGAAGUUUCUAUUUAUAAAGAAAAGAUAAUUCAAAGUCGGAGAGAAGAAAGUUUGUGUUCCCGCGAAAAGGGCACUUUGCAGUAAAGUUGCUCCAUGAACAACAGUCUUCACCAUUUUUCGGAUUUUCCCUUUUUUGUCCGUUUCUUUCAAUUUUCAAUUUUUUUUUUGUUAUCACCAAAGUUCUUUUCGUCCUUAAAAGUUUCUAUUUAUGAGAAAUUUGCGAACAUUAAUUGCAAAAUGCUUUUCUGGUGAAAAAUGAUGAUUUUACACAGGUCUCGAUUAGGAUAGCGAUAUUUUGUGUUUUCUUUAUUAUUGGUGUGUGUUUUUUGUUCGACUAAAUUUUUUUUUUCAAAGAAGGAAUCCUUAAUUUGAAGCAGAUAUCGGAUUAUUUCUCACAAAAUGCGAGUCUACUGAGACGUCCGCAACAUCGCGUGCACCGCUACUGUAAACAGUUGUCCGCAUGCCGAUCCAAAGCUUUUUUCAAAAUUUAAGGCGGGAAAGUAAAAUCGCGUUUUUCUUCUAAAGUUGUCACAUCUUUAAUUUUUUUGAGUAUACCAUUCGAUUCGCGAAGAAAAACUAUAUAAGAUACUGCUUUCACCUGAAACUCCGUUUUUUACUGCCUCUAUACCUUUAAUUUCCACUUGAACACCUUUUUUUAAUUUUUUCUUUUCUUUUUUAGAGCUCGCGAAUAUUUAAGCGAAGCGAUCAUAGCGUACAGCCGCGUGACGGGUGAACGAGUUCCAACGGACGCCUUGGAGGAUUUGGGAAGAGCCGACUCUGUCCUUGUCAGCCCCGGCGUGACAAUCAAGCAAUAUUAUGAGGAAACCUACAAAUUUUAUCUGAGUGAAGGGGAGAAAACUGUUGGUUUCCCUGAUGGGUCUCAUGUUCCUCUCAACCAUAUCGUCAUUUGUACUCUGUGAAUAUAUCUCAUUCCUUGAGGCUUGAAACUGUCUGGCCUGUCUGCGCCCUCUUUCCUCUCACCCACUAGAGUGGGAGCAGUGAAGGCCGACAGCUUCAAGUUGUAUUUUUUAUUCGCCAUGAUUUCUGAUUCGAAAGGCGAUGGAAGUGUUUGGGGAGAAAAAUUUAAAAAAUAAAAAGCACGUUCGAAUUUUCAUUUUCCGCCAUAAGCCGCGUCGCGACCGCAACGUGUCCGUCGCCUUCCAAAUCAAAAAAAAGUUGAAAAUAAUAAAUGAUGAAUCUUCGACUUUUUUUUCUUCCAGGAAGGUUUCCCGACCUAUUUUAUCUCCCUGAUGGUUUAAAAAAACGUUCAGAUUCGAACUUUGAUAUUUUUUUCCAGCGAUGGAAAACGGUUCAGAACGACGCUCUUUCGAGUUCAGUCGUCUUCGCCAAAUUCUGGAGAUGCCGCCUAUGAUUCGAGGAAAACCUUUUGGAUGCCCCAUCUCGUCGACGUCCCUGACUUUCCUUUAUAACCAGUUUGGCUGGAAAAAGUUAGUUUUUUUUUUGAAUAUUAUUUUAUAUAUAGGGAAGUUAUUUCGCUUUCGAAUGGUACCUAAAAGCAGAUUUGAUUGUCUUUGUUAAAAGUUUUGAAGGCAUAGGGACAGUAAAAAACGGCGUUUCAGUUCAAAACAGUAUUUUGUAGAGCUUUUCAUUGCGAAUCAAACGGUGAACUUGGAAACGUAACGAACUUCCUAGUUUUGUAGAAAAAAUAAUUCAAAGUCGGAGAGAGGAAAGUUUGAGUUCCCGCGAAAAGGGCGCUUUGCAGUAAAGUUGCUCCAUGGACAACAGGCUUCGCCAUUUUUCGGAUUUUCGCUUUUUUCUUCGUUUCUUUCAAUUUUCAAUUUUUUCUGUCGUCACCAAAGUUCUUUCCUUCACAAAAGCUUUCUAUUCAUGUAUAGUUUGCAAACUUUAAUCGCAAAAACCGUUUUUCUUCAAAAGUAGUCACACAUGUAAUUUUUUGGUAGCACAGUUCGAUUCGCAAGUAAAAACUAUAUAAAAUACUGCUUUCACCGGAAACCCCGUUUUUGACUGCCCCUAUGACUUUCAAGUCUUGAAACUUGAAGGGCUUGGAAAAGAAGAAACAUAAUUUUUGUUUGCCUGUUGAGACUUUUUUCGAAGUUAUCAACGACUCAAUCGAUUGAAAUAUCUCUAACAAAAGUUGCGGUGCACCCUCCCAUUUUUUUUGAUUUCGAUGAAACUUCAUCCAGUGUGAUAGCCAGUCAUCAGGAAGGCGGACCCAACUUUUUGAGCCAUUCCCUCUUACUGUAGCCGGGUUACGGUAGGUGGGUGGCCGCCUGCGUAUCUAAGGAUUGAUGAAAUUUUUAUGGGCAAGUUGUAUAUCAAUCGAUAGGUAUUGCAAUUUUUGAAAUUUUCCUAGUACUUACCAGCUUGGGUUACUGUAGAAAAAUUUCGAGAUACGGUACUUUAUGUGUUUGCGGAUUUGGUUUUUGGCCCCCCUGACCUCGAGCAUUCGUAGCUUUUUAAAAGAUACCUUUUGAAAAGGUCUACAAGCUGAUACCAGUUAGAAUUCUAGAAUGGCCAUCAAUUUGCAAAAUUGGUUUUGCGGCGGCCAGCGCAAAGCUUUCACGAAAUUUUAUGUACGAUUUUUUCUUUUCCAGAGCCCACAAAUACAUGGGAAAAGCUCACCUUUUGUACAGCCGCGCCACCGGGGAACUUCUCCCGAAAUUCGCCCUGGAGACCCUCGGAACCGCAACUUCCAUUCUCGUUACACCCAACGAGACAUUCAAAGAGUUUUUCGCCCGCAACCACGACAUUGAGUUGGACGAUAAUGCCGAAAUCGUCUGUUUCCCUGAUGAUAUUUAUAUCCCGCUUGAUCAUAUUGUCCUUGUUAUCCUUUAAGUUGUGAAGUAGUCCUUAUAUUUUCAUAGCUUAUUCACCAACACGGUGUUCCCAAACGGGGUGGGGAGACGUCAAAAAAAAAUUUGGCGCGAAAUUGGAAAUCUACAGUACACAGCCCAAGGCGAUCGAACAAACAAGUUAUUAACGUUUGAUACUCAGUGCAUUUUAUCCGUAGCGCGCACUAAAUUUUUUUGUAAAUUCAGAAAGUUUGACGCCUCGCUCACCUUCCCUCACCCCAUUAGGAAUGCCGUGCCAAGACUCGAGACAGUCUGUUUCUCUGCGCUCUCUCGCAUUUACAUGCUUUCUUCUUGUUUCUCUAGCCUCGCCAGUGAGAGAAAAGACGGCGCAGACAGGUCAGACUGUGUCGAAUGAAGUAUAUAAAAUUAUCUGAACUUUUGUAGAAACUUGCUCUUUGGACUUGCAUGAUGUUAACUCGAAAAAGUUAUUUUUUAGGAAAAAAUUGAAAGCUAACCAAUAAAUGAAUUUUUUUAAAUGUCCUGGCAUGAAAAUGAAAGAAAGGACGUAUCGAUACGAUCAUAUGGAAACAAGUGAAUGAAGAGAAAGUUUUCCAAUGCUGAUAAGUCUCGCCAAAGAUCAGGUACAAGGCAAAAAAGGCAUCAGAAAUCACGGUUGGAAGCUCAGUUUGAAGACUUUAUAGGGAUAUUUAAUGACUAGUUGGAAAGCUCAUAAUUUUCUGCUUCUCAUUAGUUUUUAGUUAUUCAAGUUUGGCCGACUUUGAACAAAGCAAAAAACUUUUGAAAGCAUGGUAAUACAUUUUUUAAAUUUGAAGCGCAUUUUUAUGAGAUUUUAGUACCUUUUCAUGUAUAUAAAAAACUGGGAACUUUGUAAAGUUAUUGCUACGAAAAUUCUUCAAAAUUAUGUAUGGGUUUCCACUCAAAAACCCAUAAAACUGAUCAUUUUUUUGAGACUAGAAGUGUCUAUUGAAAAAAAUGAAAAAAAUCUUUAUUUUUUUGCCUUUUUUUCCAAAUUCGCAAAGCAGUUUCUUGUUCAGAAUUUUCUGAUGAAUUCAAAAAAAUAUAAUUUUUCAUCGUGAAAUUCGCAAUGCGAAACAAGUUAUGUCGCUUUUAAGCCCAAAAAAAUGACUGGGGAAAAAAAGGCUAUUUUUCAAAAAAAUGGAAAACUUUCAUUUUUUUCAAGUUUUUUUCAGGAUUCAAAGUUUUUCUCUAUGUUCGUAGGAUAUUUAGCGAGAACAGUGAAUAUUUAAAUUUGAAAAAAAAGCGAAGAAAAAAACGGCGAAAGACCAAAAAAAUGGCGAUUUUGUCCAUAGAGCAACUUUACUGCAAAACGCGCUUUUGGCGGGAUUUCAAACUAUUUUUCUUCUCGAUUUUUCAAUAAUUUCUAUUAGAAACCAUACAUGGGCAGACCGAAUUUCAGGACCGCCGACCCUAGGAAUUUUCUUGAUGUCAACCUGUUUUUCUGACUGACCAUGUUCGAACCUUGCAUAUGGAUUUUUGGCGAAAAUUGGUUUUUUUUUUUCGCUCUUCGAGCCGCAACGCAACCGCAACGCGACUUUUUUGAAUGCUGCCAAACUUAGGAGCCCCAGGUGAUCCCUAUAGGGGCAUUGGAGGGUCCUCUCUAGGGACGACUGUAAGAACCCUUAUAGGGGCCAAAAAGGCUUGCAAAAGUAUUCCCUAUAGGGCCUUCGAAGCCAAUGGAGGGUCCCCUCUAGGGACUACUUUAACAACCCCUAUAGGGGCCACUAAGGCUUUUAAAAGUGGUCUCUAUAGGGGUUUUGGUUAGUGGCCCCUUUCGGGGACUGCUCUUUGCGAAGAAGCAUUUCUGCGAAAAACUGAAUAAAAAUUUUGAAUGAUGAAGAAAAACCCCUAUUGGGACUUCUUGAGCUUUAGGGGCGGGGGGUCAGGCUCUAAACUCUUUUAGGGACCGCUUUAUCGGCCCUUAUAGGGGUUGUUUGCUCCCCUAACUCCUAUAGGCUUAGGGACCGCAGACGAAUUUUCAAAAAAUUUUUUUCAGCAUUGAGCUUUGUAUGGUUUGAUAGCUGUUUCGAUUCAAAACUCAGAACCGUUUAGUUUUUCGAAAAAGAUUAAGGAUGAAAAAAAGUUAUGACGAAAAAAAUGUGGCGCGCCGCGCACCAUUUUUUUAGUACUGAAAAUUUUUGGUAUUAUCCAUUUUUUUGACAUUUUUUUCUCGAUUUUUUUCUUCCAGAACAAGUUUUUGAUACUGGUCUAUUAUGAUGUGACAAAUCAUAAUAGAGUGCUAAAAUAAUGCAAAUUUGCUAGUUUGCCGAAAAAAAGUCGGUAUUUUUUCCAGAAAACAAAAAAACUGGCGCUUGCGGGCAUCGAACUCGCGACCUCAAAAGAAAAAUUCGCAGCGCACGCGCUGCGCCAAGCUGUUAGGUCUAGUGAGGGGAGCUUCCAUCCGCCAUAUCCUUGAGCCGUUUGAAUUGCACAGAUUGCCAUUUCAAAAAGAAAAAAACUUGAAGUAAUUAAGCUGUUUUUUUAUCAGAAUAUGAUCGCAAAUCUUUACUCAAACUUUCCGUAGAAAUUCACUUUGAAAAAAACUGUUUUUUUAGUGCUUUUUUUGCCUCGUUUAACGAUCGCUGCAUUAAAACGGCCCCGUAAAUUUUUUUGGCAAAGACGAAUUUUUUUAUUUUAUUAUUUUUAAUUGAAAGAUUUCUUACUAAUAAAUUUAUAUAAUCGUUUUAAAAAAACCUGCGUUCGACCGCUUUCGGUGUGAUAAACGCCGCUAAUUUUAUCCUCUAGUUUCAAGAACAUUUUUUUGCGUAUUAAACAACUUUUUUUCAAGCACAGAUGCUGUAGAGAAAUAUUUAAGUAAGCCCAUGAUCUAAACUUUAAAAAAACAAAAAAACUCGAUUAUAUUCGCUUAUUAACGAUAUUUUGAAUUAUGACUUUCGGCACUCCCUAAAAUUUUUGGCAAAGACGAAUUUUUUAUUUUAUUGUUUUAAAAUUACCGUUACUUGAAUCAAAAUCAUUAUUUAAAAAAAGAAAGAGUGCGUUCGACCUGAAAACACAUGAAAAAGCAAAAAUUGACAAAAUUUUUUAGUUCCAUUCACGUUUUUGUACGACAUUCCGCGCGAACGCAUCAAAAAAGCGUGAAAUAUUUUUUAAACGAAAGAGGAAGCUUUUCUGUACAUGGGUGUCAAAAUUUAUUAUCCAGUUCCACAUAUUUUGCAACUACAGCAAAAUUAAAGUUGAAAACCAAAAAAGAGCCACUUUUUCUAUCGCGAAAAGGGGCGUGGCUUUGCGGUCCCUACCUAUAGGGACCACUCUGGAAUCCUUGAACUUGAAUCAGUCGAUGACUACUCCCUUCACGCCUCCAAAUCUGGCCUUGUGUGACAAAAAGAUAAUGAGAAAGGUCUCUUAUUCCGCCAUCGCUAAGUUGUGAGUCAACAAUGACGUGUGUCGUCGGCGCCGUAUACGGCAAUUUCGAAGCAGUGUUUGUUAUCAAAUAGAAAAUGCCACGACGGAAACCGACGAUAAGACACUCUUUUUUAAAGGCUUCGAAGUGUCCCAACGACGCUUCCUCGCCAUGCACUCUUAUCACAAUCCCGUGAGUUCUACUCCUUUUUUCGGACUUUUCGUUGUUUGAAGUCGGUCCCCGGCGCCGUCGCCGUCUACGAGCCUCUUCAAGACGGUUGCACCAUCUCCGUCCACGGACACGUCCGACAUGGCCACCACAAGUUCGUACUCUCUUAUUUCGAUAGUUUAGCGAUCCUACGAGUUUUUGAUAUAGUUUGUUCAGAUUUUGAAUGUCAAGUGCAAUGACGUCAUUGAAAAACACUCUGUGGAUGGCUCGCUCUCUGAUUGGUUUAUCGCACCAUUAGGGGCGGAGCUUGAGCGAAAUCUGAACAGACUAUAAUCCCCAAUACCUUUUUCAAUGUUCCAAUGGUGAAAAAAUGAGCUUCUAAUAACAUUUAUCAUGUUUUCCAUCAAAAAAGCAUCCAAGCUUUUCUAAUAAGUGCAUUCAUAAUUUUUUUAAAGAUAAACUACUUAUCAGUUUGAGCAGAAUUCUAGGUCUUUGGGCUCAAAGCGCUGUGUCAAAAUUUCGUCCCACUCAAACAAAAAAAAAACAAAUUUGAGACAUUAAAAAAAAAUAAAACUUCUUUUUAUUGUUAACUCCCUGGGCAAAGUCGGAAAAGGGGGAAAAGGCUCCAUAGAAAUGUUCCUUUUUUGCUGCCUUUUUCCUUUUUGCUACCUUUUUGCUACCUUUUUGCUGCCUUUUUGCUGCCUUUUUGCUGCCUUUUUGGGACCUUUUUGCUGCCUUUCUGCGCCCUUUUUCGAGCCUCUCCCUUUUAGGGGCCAAUAUCCACCAUUCCCACUUUGCCCGAGGUACACGGCUUCUGACAAAAUACCAUUAUUUUUCCUAAUAACAGAUAUUUCUCACCCCCUCUUUCUCUAAUCAAUGCUCAAAAAUUUUCUCUUUUCUUUUUUAGAUUGAAUUUUUCUUUCUGUCCGAAUACGGUAACCACUACGAAAACGUCUGAACCUCUCUUUUUUGCACACUGUUUCGCUAAUUUUCCAAAGACCUUGUCAGCUAAAUAUUAGACGCCAUUAUAGAUAGCACUCCCAAAAGUCUCCUCUUGGCGCAUUCCGCGUGCGUGCGCGCGCCAAUUCAAAUUUCGUCUCUUGGACUAGAUUUACAGGCUUCCAGUAUAUGGUUCUUUUUGUAUAAUUUUUCUUACUUAUUCAUUUCCAGUUUUCUUUUAUUUAAUAUUGACUCAUUUAGCGAAUCUAACUUUAUUUAAGAAAGUUUUUUCUUGUUUUAGCGCAAAUUCGAAUUUUCGCCUUCACUCACUUGCACAGGCAAAUGGGGAAGGUACCAUAAUGUGCCCACAAAUAUACCUCUUAAAAUGAAUCUUGAAUAUUCCAUAACGUGUCCAUCAUGAGACGUCGAGCAUAAAUUUUAGCUCUAGCUGCCCAGGGAAUGGUGUCUGGUCGCAGUUGGAUUUCAGAAUGAAACCCAGUUCACUAAAUGAAGUUUUUUUCAUGCUGUUUCCAAAUCUGUUCUCAAAAAAAUGCCGCGCAGGUCCGUGAAAAAAAAAUUUUUUUGGAAAAAGUUUUUUUGAGCGGAGAUACGAUUUUUUUCAAAGCUCCUCGCAUGAUAAGGAAAUGUGCUGCUGAAAAAUUCAUUUUUUUCGUUUCUCAUGAGCGAAUGGAGAACAACGUGUACAGCUUAUACAAAUUUCAAAGGAAGUCUGAAAACAAAAUGAAUAAAAAAAUUAGAAAACCGAAGUGACUAAAAAAAUAAUAAUAAUAAAAAAACCUAGGAAGCAUUUCCAGGCUACUCGGUAGCAAUCAAAAAAAUUUCAGAUACUCUGCCCGUAUAUCCAGUUAUCAUAGAUAUGAUACCCGGGUAAAAAUUAAUUGGAUGUUUUUUUAAUGCAAGAAAAAAAUUAUACAAAAAGAACCAUAUACUGGAAGCCUGUAAAUCUAGUUCAAGAGACAAAAUUUGAAUUGGCGCGCACGCACGCGGAAUGCGCCAAGAGGAGACUUUUUGGGAGUGCUAUCUAUAAUGGCGUCUCUAAAUAUUAUCUCAAGCCAGUUGUGAAUAAACUAUAGAUGCUAUAACCUUUAAUUUUAUGCCUCUAUACGGUUUCUCAAUUCUCAAUUUUUCCAGAAACUUUGCGGUCGAACUCCUCUCGGGACCUCAUAUCGUCCUCCACGUCAACUUCCGAUUCCACCAUGAGCACAUCGUCGCAAUGAACUCUUUCAGCCAUGGAGCCUGGGGACCGGAGGUCGGGAAAUUUUUUUCCUAUUCACAGAUUUGUCGAAAUUCCCCCAGACCGCAAAACCACGCCCCUUUUUGCGAAUUUUCAGUUUUUCAGUUUUUGAGUUUGAUGUUCCCGUAAAAGCGCACAACCAAAAACGGAGAAAAUUGGUAGAAACAUAGACAAAACCUUCCUCUUCAACCUCAUAUACUUUUUACCGGGGUUUUUGAAGCGUUUUAGCGGAGUGUCGUACAAAAAAAGCGCUCCCUACCCACCAGAUUCUGUAGUUUAGAGCAAGGUUGGAGCCUGGGGACCCGAGAUUGGAAAUUUUCGAUGCUGGGAGUCUUUUUUUUAACAUUUCGGUAUAGCUGAAUCACGGCUAGCUUGAGACGCUAAGGGGGCGUGUCCUGUCUGCGCUCUCCACCAGCCAGGCGCAUUUUCGUGCAUUAUCGUGUCAGGACCCGUUUUUCGAUGGCUCAAGCCAACCGUGAAUCAGAUAUACACAAUAUAUAAAAAUUUCAACAAGCUUCUGUAGUUUAGAGCAAGGUUAGAGCAAAAAAUCCCAAAAAGAAAAGUUUAACAGUCGGUAUUAUAGUCUCUCUUAUCUUAUCGGGCUUGUUCUAGAUGAUGCUUUGAUUUUUUCAAGUUAACACGUACUUAUAGGAACAAAACGAACCCAUAAAAGGAUAAUAAAAUUUUACAGAUCCGCCACAAGAACCCGCUUCACCAUAGUGACCACUUCGACCUUCGCAUCACCGUCCGUCAUUUUGGCUAUCAUGUAAGUUAUUUUGAAGUCAAUUUUUCUUUCUAACCAAAAUUAUCGAAUCCAGGGAAUUAUGAGGAGCGUUUCGGUACCAAAAUUUCCCCAAUUUUUCUUAUUUUAAGAUUUUUCACAACCAAUAAGUCUUCGGAAAGAGUAUAAAAUCGCAAAUAUAGGGUUUUUUUUUCAUUUGAGUACACUAUAUUAUAUUUAUAGGGUACUCAAAUGAGUAAAAUGUUUCGAAAACAGGUUUUUUUUAACCAGACUGUUUAAAAUUCUAGUAAAAAAAUAGCCUAGGAAAUUCCUGAAGCGUUAUGGAGAUACCUAAAAGCUCGCUAAUGAUUUAUAGCCCCACGGUCGUAAGCCGUUUUGAGUCGGGCGAAUCCAUUGAGUCACUUUUCAUAAGCCUUGACGUUGUAUAGCUGAUUCAUAGCCAGCUGGAGACGCUAAAGGGGGCGUGUCCUGUCUGCGCUCUCCACGAGCCAGGCGCUAUCUCGUGCAUUUUCGUGUCAGGACCCUUUUUUCGAUGGCUCAAGCCAGUCGUGAAUCAGCUGUAGAAAAAAAUCGUAAAAACUCAUUUUCAACUUUCUUGGCCCAUAUUAUCUGAUUUUUGAAAAUUCGUGGUCGCCUUUGGAAUGGCUAAGAACACGUGAUGGUUGCAUUAAUCGAAACGUGUUUCAAAAGCAUCGAGCCAUUCCAAGUGCGGCUAUUUCCUUAUCAAUAAAUUAAAAAUAUUGAAAAUUUCAGAUCACUGUGAACGGCUACCACUUGGCGGACUUCCCUCACCGAUUCCCCUAUCAGUCGGUCCAGGCCGUCGGCCUCAAGGGCGACGUUCACGUCGACAAGAUUCACUUUGAAGGCUUCCACUUCAGAACCAGUUCGUUUCUUUCUCUGACUCGUCUGCGCUCUCUUUUCUCUCUCUCCCGUCUUUACUCAUACCUCUGACAUUGUCUUAGAGAGGACAGAGAGGUCAGGCAGUUAUUUUUCUGUCUCUCUGGCACUCUCUUGUCUUGAAGUGCUUUUUAGGCCUUUGUUGGUCAGAGAAAAGAGAGCGCAGACAAGCUAGAAAGUGACGAAAGAGUAUGAAUGAAACCUUGCAGACUGGAACAGCCAGCACGACUUCGGCCACGGUGGCUACAACGCCUACGGCACCGACCGCUACGUCGCCCCUGUUGUAAGUUACAGUAUCCCUACAGUAAUCUACAAUAGCCAGUUUUCAGUUCACCAACACCCAUCAAUACAACGCCUACUGGCAGUAG